AUGGCUGACAAGCACAUAUCAGAAGAUGGCAGGAAUGGCUUCAGUAGUUUUCUGUUGGAUCCUAAGGUUUACACAACCAGUGAAUCUUCUGAGGAGGUGACAGAAAGCCAAAACCUGUGGCCCAGACCUCUGGCUCGAAAAUGGAUCCUGAUGCUGUUUAUAGGCACCUGCCUCCUCUACUGUGCCAGGAUGGCCAUGCCGAUCUGUGCCGUCUCAAUGGCGGCCACUUUUCAGUGGAGUAAGAUCGAUUCCGGGCUGGUUCUGGGUGGAUUCUUCUGGGGUUACUGUUUGACACAGAUCCUGGGAGGACAUGCCAGUGACAAAGUGGGAGGAGAGCGUGUCCUAUUCAUCUCUGCGGCCUCGUGGGCCCUGAUCACAGCUGGUACUCCUGUUCUGGCCCAGCUCGGCUCUCACUCCGUCGCUCUCAUGUCCAUGGCCAGAUUCCUUAUGGGACUACUGCAGGGUGUAUUUUUUCCGUCUUUGGCCAGCCUUUGCUCUCAGCGUGUAGCGGAAGGGGAGCGAGGCUUCUUAAUGAGCGCCAUGCACAGCGGUAGUCAUCUUGGAACACUGCUUGCAGGUGUGAUGGGAUCCGUUACACUGGACUGGUACGGCUGGGAAAGCAUGUUCUACGGCAUUGGUUUCCUGUCCGCAAUUUGGGCACUCAUUGUUUGGCAGUAUUUUUUAAAGGGGGAAGUCACCUGCAAGCUGCUGGAGACCAGUAAAGACUCACGAUGGAGUCUGUCAAGCACACGCUGGCUGAGUCUUUUGAAGAAGACGCCUGUCUGGGCCAUGGUCUUUGCUCACAUGUGCAUGUGCGGCACAUCCUACACUUUAUUGUCAUGGUUGCCAACAUACUUCAAAGAAUCAUUUCCACAUGCACCGGUAUUUGUGUAUAAUGUAAUUCCAUGGCUAGCUGCAAUUCCAUCGGCACUUGGUGGAGGAUAUGUUUCGGAUUUUCUCAUCAACCAUGGAUAUGGUAUAGCGUCUGUGAGAAAGAUAAUGCAAUUCUUUGCCAUGGGUGUAUCAAGUAUGUUUAUUAUGCUCCUGUCUGGAGGGGUGUUUACCUCAUUUACCUCUGCAGUUGUUUUUGUUUCUGCUGCUUUGGGUGUGUCCACCUUCACCAGCAGUGGUGUGUCUGUGAAUGUACAGGAUCUCACGCCAUCAUGUGCUGGUGCCCUCUAUGGUUUUAUGAAUAUGCUGGGUUCUUUUAUGGGACUGGUGUUGGUCUCCUUGUCAGGCUACCUGAUUGAGGUCACCCUGUCGUGGGCCACAGUGUUUGCCCUCGUCAUUUUAGUAAAUGCCACGGGUCUUGGGAUCUUCCUCAUAUUUGGAGAUGCUUGUCGUGUUGACCUGGAAAAUUAUAGGCAGGCUUUCGUGAUUUGA